AUGGCUACCCUAAGACGCAAAUCAUCUAAUCGCAUCCGGACAAGGUGUUUUAUCAUUUCAGACACACAUGGGAUGCAGUUGCCUGUUGAUAUACAUACGUCUGUCGACGUAGCUAUUCACUGCGGCGACUUGACGCAGCAUUCAAAAUUGGACGAAUUUCAGGCGGCUAUCGAUUUAAUGGAGAAGAUUAGCGCUCCCCUCAAGAUAGUUAUCGCUGGGAAUCACGACUUCUCGCUCGAUAUCCCGCAAUCGAGAAACAAAGGUAUUUUGUUUAUUGACGAAGGGUCGCAUCAGUUUUCUCUUCAAAAUGGCGCCCUGUUGAGCAUGUAUGUGAGUCCAUACACGCCAUCAACUGCAUCAUCUGGCGAGUGGGGCUUUCAAUACAGCGGCAUUCACAGUUUUGAAAUCGACAGUGGGAUCGACAUCGUUGUUACACAUGGCCCGCCCCAUGGAAUUAUGGAUAUGUCCCCGGAAAAGAAAAGGAUUGGUUGCCCCCAGCUUUUUGCAGCCGUAGCGAAAGCUCAGCCGCGAAUUCAUUGUUUUGGACAUGCUCAUGAUGGAUGGGGUGCAAAGAUGGUUACUUGGAGAUCCCAUAUAUCAGAAACACCAUCACAUUUCACCGACAUAGACAACGACAAAUCUUAUGUCAUCGAAAACAUGAUAAGCAUCAAGGGGUCUAAAUUUGAAUCAGCAGAAGAAAGGAAGGCUAGAGAAGAGAGAAUAGCUGGCUAUAGGAAGCUCGGGUAUUGUGAGCAAAAUCACUCUACUGAUAAACUGGCACAACUCGGACAUGGAAAGACUCUAUUUGUUAACGCAGCUGUUCAAGGCAAUGACAGCUUAAAUCAAUUACCAUGGGUUGUCGAUAUUGAACUACCGUCCUACAGAUUGCCGAGGACAUUGAUCUCAAAACUUUUCCACCACUCGGCUAUGUCGGCAGUAACAAAAUUCUGCGGCUCAGACAUAAAUCCCGCAUUGUUGACGAGUGUAUCAGGCGAUUCAGAUAAAGAUGUAAACAAGUCCUUAACUGAUGAUGUGGACGAGAUAUCGACAAGACGAUAG